CCCAGCUGUCUCCCAGGCGACGCAGAGGGUCUGUGCUCCAGCGCCACAGCACCCCCGCCCCAAGUCCGCACUGCAGAGAACUGUGGCGAGCCGCGCCGGCGCAUUGGACAAUGUGCGGGGACCAGAGGGCCAGAGAGAGCAAAGGAGAUGGCAAGAGACCCUGGAAAGGAAUGGUGUUAGACCCCGCCUCCUCUCUGAGCAGUCUGGGAACCUCGCUGUGGGACUGAAUUGAGGAAGCAUCUUGCCUUAAGAAGAGGCUCUAGAGACCCGGAGGAGCUACAGAUCUCCUGGGACUUGCCUCAGAUUUAUGUGCAUCACAUCCUACUCACCCCCACCCCCACAUUAGAGUCUUGAAGUUGGGGCCAUGCCAUUGAACCUGUUGCAAGACUGGUGUAGGGGGGAGCAUCUGAACACCCAGAGGUCUAUGCUGAUCCUGGGGAUUCCAGAGGACUGUAGUGAGGAUGAGUUUGAGGAGACUCUGCACGAAGCUCUCAAGCAUCUGGGAAGAUACAGGAUCAUCGGCAGGAUGUUUAGGAGGGAGGAAAAUGCCCAGGCCUUUUUGGUGGAACUUGCACGUGAUUUUGACUAUGCUUUGGUGCCUAGGGAAAUAGAAGGAAAGGGUGGGCCCUGGGAAGUGGUUGUAAAACCCCCUCAUUCAGAUGAUGAAUUUCUUAAUAGACUGAAUCACUUCUUAGAAGAGGAGAGGCGAACAGUGUCAGACAUGAACAGGGUCCUUGGGACACACUCUAAUUAUUCACCUACCAAAACGACUAUAUCAGCAGAUUUCUGGGUCUGGGCUCAGACUCUAGGUGCAGUGAUGCAGCCUCUGCUAGAACAAAUGUUGUACCGAGAACUAAGAGUCUUUUCUGGGAACACCAUAUCAAUCCCAGGGUUAUUGGCCUUUGAUUCCUGGCUUGAACACACCACUGAGAUGUUACAGAUGUGGCAGGUACCUGAGGUAGAAAAGAGGCGGAGGCUGAUGGAAUGCUUAAGAGGCCCUGCUCUACAAAUUGUCAAUGUGCUUCGUGCCAAUAAUGCUGCCAUUACAGUGAAGGAGUGCCUGGAGGCCCUGCGGCAGGUAUUUGGCUCUGUGGACAACCGAAAAAUCGCCCAGCUGAAGUUUUGCAAGGCUUAUCAGGAACCAGGAGAGAAAGUUUCUAGCUUUGUGGUGCGUUUGGAGACCCUGCUCCAAAAAGCCCUAGAGAAAAAUGCAAUAUCUCGAAAGAAUGUGAACCAGACCCGCCUGAAACGAAUUUUAGGUGGGGCUAUCCUUUCUGCAAAACUUCGAGAGAAACUUAAGAUGCUGAAACAGCGUAGAAGGCCACCUGGUUUCCUGGCCCUAGUGAAGCUUUUCCGUGAGGAGGAGGAAGAGUGGGAGGCCACUAGGGGUUCAGAGAGGAGCUGCUAUGAGGGGCUGGAGUUAGGCCCAAGUCCCUCUAACAUAGGGAGUGAGGAGAGAGCACUAUUUGUUCCGGCCUUUGGCAGUGUUCUUGAGGCAAGGCCUUACCAGGGUUCCCACCGCCACCGCCACAGGAGGAGAGGCCAGCACAGAAAGGGAGGUGUGCCCAGGGAUGAUUCUCAAGGCACAAGAAAGCAGAAUUAUGACACAUUCUGCUAUAGUUGUGGGGAAGAUGGCCAUAUCAGAGUACACUGUUUUAACCCUUCCAACCGGACCUUGGUGAAGCAGAAGAGACAGGCUGCAAUGGACAAGGGAAACAGGAGCUGGGCUUGGGAGAAGAGCCAUCCCAAGCCCAAGACCAAGUAGGCUCCAGGGAACAGGGUAACCUUUGUUCCCGUAAGCCAAGGAGAAAAAAGAGAUAUUUGAAGGAGGGGGAAGAACAGCUCAAAAAAAUCGCAAAGGAUCUUAGAAAGGCACAGGGGCAAUGUAAUCAGGCAGAAGUCAAGUCCCCUAACUCAAUACCAGCUGGAGAAAAGUCUAACAAACAAAACUACAUUGCAUUCAACUCAAUAAUGACCAGACGCAAGACCUCUAAGAUUCACCAGAGAAGGAAGCCUCAAGGAACUGCUACAGAUUUGUGGGGCCACAAGAACUCAGAUGGGGGUGUCAGCAAGGCAAAGGCAACCUCAAGUCCAUAUGGGGUGUGGAGGAGCCUGCUACAGGGUUGUCUUGGGCAGAGGACACCAGUGCCUGGGAACAAGCACGGCUAGGCAGGGAGACAGUACCCAGGAGAGGAGGCCGCAGGAUCCAGCCUGUCUUCAGGAUCGUCUACACUGCUCUAGGGGAGCCCCAUGAGGGCAGCACCCUUGAGUCCUUUCGUGAAUGAACUCCCCCCACCCCUGUGAAACCUGCAGGUCUCUGGACCCAAAGGACCUGGGAGGCAAGUGCCAACACAAGGCAGUUUCCUUCUUGACACCCUGACAGGACACUAGUGCCUGAGAAGAGCCCCAGGCUGGGGCACAUGGCACCACAGGGUUAAUGCCCUCAGCUGGCCUGAGAGCCUGGGAGUGUGCAGGACAGGUUUUGUGUGAGCAAA